AUGACUCGUGGUCUGGCACAAGGGACCCUGAACGGACCCCUUACGUUUAUUGUCGUUUUCGACCCAUUCCUGAAACAACUCCAACAAGUGGCUAAUCUGUCUCGCCUCCAUGUGUGUGGGUUUGUGGAUGAUGCGACAGCAGCAGCCAUUGAAUCUACCCCUGAUGACCUCACCACUACCGACCUACUACAUGAAGCAACCCGAAAUAUAAAGAUGAGCCUAAAUGUGAAGAAAACGGUGAUAGUCAAAUGUGACUUUUCGAGAACUAAACCCAGUGACCACUGGCAUUUCAAUCUCUUAGGAGAAACAGUGCCACAACAACAACAAAUGAAAGUGCUUGGGGUUAUUAUCAACAACAAAUUAACAUGGGAUGACCAGGUUAUUAGCAUGGUGUCCAAUGCGUCGAAACGCUUUUGGGCACUAAAAGCUAUGAAAAAGCUCGGAUUCCAACCAAUCGAGCUGGUGGCGUUCUAUAAAUCCUCCAUCAUCCCAGUACUGGAAUAUGCAUCGCCUGUAUGGGGACAUGCACUCACAACCCAACAAAUGGAAGAUUUAGAAAAGAUCCAGUGCCGUGUUUUAAAAAUCAUAUUUGGAAGAAGAGUCAAAAUAUUCUCUGUAGAAUAUAUUGAGCUUCUCGAUAAGUAUGGUCUACACCUUCUAGAUAAGCGUAGAGAGAAUCAAUUAUUCAAAUUUGGUUUAAAUUUACUUAAUAAUCCCAAAUAUAGAAACUGGCUGCCCGAUUUUAAUUCCAACAAUUCUAGACUUAAAAAGAAAAACUUUUUUGUUCCGUUCAAAUGUAAUAGGGUAUGUUACCAGAAUUCCACUUUACCAGCUAUUGUCGAUUUACUAAAUUCUAGAUUUCGAGAAAAUGAACAACCGUUUUCAAAAUAUGUUAGCAAUGAUCCAUGA